GGGGAUUAAAUGAUUAACUAACCCUACGCGGGGGGAUUAAUUAAUUAAAGCCCCUGCCUGCCCCUAACCCCUCGUCGGCAUCAGGGUGAUCAUUUGCUUGUCCUCUUCCAUGCAUGCGCCGCACCAACCCUGGCCGCUGCGCCCGCCGCGGCGUCGUCGUAUACAUAUCGCCCGCCUCGCCUCCUCCCGCUGGUCUCGUCUCGUCCCCUCCCGCCUGGCUCCUCCUCUGGUCUCCUGAUCCCCGGCGCCCUCAGGCCCUCUCUCUGAUCUCCGACGAGUGGGUUGGUUGGUUGGUGCGGUGGUGGGCAUGGGGAACACGACGUCGUGCAUACCGCUGGCGCCCGCGGGCCGCGGCGGCUGCGCGUCGUCGGCGGGGGCGGCGACCAAGGUGAUCCACGCCGACGGCACGGUGACGCGGCUGGCGCGCCCGGUGCGCGUGUCCGAGCUCAUGCUCGACCACCCGGGCCAGUUCGUCUGCGACUCCGGCCGCCUCGCCGUCGGCUGCCGCGUCCCCGGCGUGGGCGCCGACGAGAUCCUCCGCCCGCACCACGCCUACUUCCUCCUGCCCAUGGACAUGCUCUACUCCGUGCUCACCCACGAGGAGAUGGCCGCGCUUUCCGAGUGCCACGCCGCCACGGCCGCCGCCUCCGCCUGGAAGAGGAUCACCUUCACCACCGCCGCCGCCCACCGGGGCGCCCGCGACCGCCACGACCGGCGGGGCGCGGCCGCGGGCCCGGCCAAGGACGGGUGCGGCAGCGAUGGCGCCAGGGUCUACCCGAUGCUCGGCCUGCUCGAGUCCGGCGACCUCGCCGCCGAUAAUAAACCGGAACCACGCGCCGGCGCCGGAGCCAUCAAGUCGGGCGGCGCUGGGCUGAGGCGGCACCGGUCGUGGCAGCCGGUGCUGGACACCAUCGAGGAGGUUCCAUGACGCGGCGGGCGGCGGGUUGACCGGCCGGCCGGCCGGGCGCCGCAGGAGUGAGCAGCUUUGGUUUCGCUGGUGUUAGGCGGGCGGCAGCUAGCUUGAGCUGGCGCCCGAGUGUACAGUAGCUAGCUUCCAGCUAUUCUUUUUCUUUUUGCCUUUUCCAUUUUUGUAAAGCCAUUUUUUUGUGUCUACACACGCACCACUGGCAAAUUGAUUGUCAAGUUUUGUGCCCGGGAAACAAAAUAAGGAAAAUUGAGAGCCCACAGUG